UACUUAAUAUUUCAAGUUGUUAUUUUCAUUAUUUGUUGAAAAAUUAAUCAAUCAAUCGAAAACAAUUCGAAGAAAGCACCUAUAAAUUAUUUCAGCGAUUGCCUCGAGUCUCAUUACACUCUUUACUCUUUAGUUUCCAGUCCAGUGUCGAGUGUGUGGCGAAAAAGAAAGCAGAAUGUUCGACGUUAAUUUCAAGUUUUUGAUCAUUUCAGUUUUGAUUACUGCAGGCAACACUUUGUCAAAUUUUGAUACAGAUUGGUGGAAACAUACAAUUUUGUACGAAAUUUACAUACCGUCUUUCAAAGACAGCAAUGGAGAUGGUAUUGGCGAUAUUAAAGGAAUUACGAAAAAACUCGAUCAUUUUGUCGACUUGGGAAUUGAGACGGUUUACAUCUCAUCAUUCUUUCGUUCGCCAAUGAGAGAUUUAGGAUUUGAUAUUUACGACUACGUCGACAUUGAUCCCAUAUUCGGUACAAUGGAAGAUUUUGACGAAUUGAUGAGUGGUAUGAAACGUCGAGGUUUGAAACUGAUCAGUGACUUCGUGAUCAAUCACAGCAGCGAUGAACAUUCUUGGUUCAAGAAAUCUAUCGACAGAAUCAACCCUUACACUGAUUUCUACGUUUGGGCUGAUCCAAAAGGAAUCGACAAUGAUGGAAAACCUAUCCCACCAAAUAACUGGCUGAGUAUAUUCGAAGGCUGCGGUUGGGAAUGGAAUGAAAAAAGAGGCCAAUUCUAUUUCCAUCAGUUCGCCGUCGGAGAGCCAGAUUUCAACUUACGAAGUGUCGAAUUGAAAAAAGAAAUAAAAAAAAUUAUGAAAUUUUGGAUGGAUCGAGGCGUGGCUGGCUUUCGACUUGAUGCAACGAAGCAUUUCAUCGAAGAUGAGCAAUUAAGAGACGAACCAUUAUCGAAUCCAAACAAGAAGGAGGUUACAUUAUAUAAAGAUUUGAAACACAUUUACACGACUGAUUUGCCUGAAAGUUACGAAUUUAUACACGAACUUAGGGAUUUCGUCGACCAAUAUAGCAUGGGAAGAAAACAAGAAUACGAAAAAAUUUUGGUAGCCGAAGCGUAUACAAGUAGAACCAACACUAUGGCGUACUAUGGUUCGGAAGAUCAUACCGUAGCUAAUUUUCCGUUUAAUUUUGCAUUUGUCCAACUGAACAGUUUCUUAAACGCUGAGUCUUAUAAUAAUUUAAUAUCGCAAUGGUUGAAAAAUAUGCCUAAAGGUGCAACUCCGAAUUGGAUGGCAGAAAACCACGAUAACUUCAGAAUAGGCACCAGAUUAUGUGAAGAGUACAUGGACAUAGUAACCAUCACAAUAAUGAUGUUGCCAGGAGUAGCAUGCGUCUAUUAUGGACAAGAAAUCGGUAUGACCAACAGCCAUGUUCGAAAGGAUCAGAGGAAAGACGAGAAUAAUGAUGGUGCAACAGGAGCUAGCAGGGAUGGAGAACGACUACCGAUGCAAUGGGAUGAUACGAUGAAUUCAGGAUUCACAUCGAGGUACAAGUCUUGGCUCCCUGUACAUCCGAAUUACUGGAAAACCAACGUUGAGAGGCAAAAAUCAGAAAAAGUUAGCAGAUACAAUUCGUUUAAAGAACUGUCGCAAAUUAGGAAAAGAAAAACUAUGAAAAGUGGAGAUUUUAAAUCGUACAUUGUUUCUGAAUGGGUCUACACAUUCACCAGAUCAUAUAACAAGCACGAAACAUACAUAACAGUUCUGAAUUUGGGCACUGAAAUCGAACUUAUUGAUUUACACGACGUCAUCAGCGACUUACCAUCGAAUUUAGAAGUAGUGGUAGCCAGCGUUAACGCAGGAUAUGUAAAAGGAGAUCAAAUCCGAAGCAUACCAAAGUUCCCGAAAAUCUUCUCAAUGAGGCCUUUAUCAGCCAUCGUUCUAUCUACCAAAGUUCAAACUGAAUCUCCAAAAUUUGGAACGCAAUUAAUCGAUCCCAGAAUAAGCACGAGCUCAUGAUAAAUCUAAAACGUAGCUUUAUAUCCAAGUACAUAGGUACCUAGCAGAUUUUCCACACUGCCAUCAAUCAAUCAAUCAAUCGUAUCUACAUAAUUAGGUAUAUUAUGUUAAUCGCAUGAUACGCAAUCAUCAUACUUGAACAGUAGUAUCUUUAUCUGUAGAAGAGUAUGUGUGAUAAUAUAACAUUUUUUUAACAAUAAAAUUAAAGUACCUCGUAACAACAAUCGCCUU